UUGACAUUUUGGGAAAAAUCGGGGUCAGUAUGGAAAGCCUAAAUGAAAAAAUUGGAAACUUUUCGUCGUUCAUGUGACGCGUGACGGCCGUGACUACUGCGAGUUGUAAAAAUUAAACGACAUCAUGGAGUGGAAUUUCAAGGAACAGUAUUCGCUUGAGAGUCGGUGUGCGGAGUCGGCGAAAAUUCGAGCCAAGUAUCAAGAUCGUAUUCCCACGGUUGUCCAGAAAGUUCCCAAAUCAUCUUUACCUGACAUCGACAAGGAAAAGUUCCUUGAGCCUUCAGAUCUGACUGUGGCCCAGUUUAUGUACAUCAUACGCAAACGUAUUGCACUCCCUCCCGAGGAUGCAAUGUUCCUGUUCGUCUCAAAGGUGUUACCUGCCACAAGUGCAACUAUGGGUUCGAUCUAUGAGGAGCACAAAGAUGAAGAUGGAUUCCUAUACAUGGCAUACAGUGGAGAAAACACUUUUGCCUCAACCUGAUUAAUAAUGUUAUUACUCACUUUCCUUUCCCCGGCCCUAAAGUAUAUUGAGAUUAAAUUCAUGAUCUAUCUAAUGGAUGAAUUCAACAUCUAGUUAUUUAAUUGUGCAAAACUGUACUGUGGGGUAAAGUUACUAAACACAUAGAAUACAUACACAUGUGUAAAUAAUAAGACAGACACAAAUUGGAUGACAUAGUUGAAGUGUGUACAGAGGUUAAAAGAUGCAUACCCCGGUGGUGCUCUUCAAAAUAUCAUGGGUUUUUUCUCCAAUCAAAUUAUGAAUUUUUGUUUUGCUUUUAAUACCAAAAAACUAUUUUUUUUCUGAUGUUGGGCGUCUGCAACCCUCUGAAAAAGUCAUUUUAUCUCGGGCACUAGGGCCGAACAAUUUUUGUGCAGAAAUAAUUCAAUAUCUAAAUGUCAGUAGAUUUUUUUUCGUUCAAUGUCUCAUUCAAAAGUGAAUAACUUAUAUUUCUAGAAAAAUAGCAGUUGAAAAACAAGUGUAUUUUUCGAAACUCAAAAAUAGCAUAGGGAAUGAGCUUUAACACUAACAGCUAUUACUUUACUUUUGCUAGCUGAAGCCCAGUAACAUUCCCAAUUAUUAAAUACGGGGUGAACCAAGUUGGUAUUUAAAGUUUUAUUUUUAUACUAUGUUAAACUUUCUUGUACUUUUUAGAUGUUUAAAACAAAACUGACAGCAAUUACAUGUAAUAGCCAAAAAAUUAGACCUUUAUAGAUAGUGGUGUUACGGUGUACAUAAAAAAAAGUCUGGUUUCAUAUAAAACCAUAUUUAGUUCCAAAAUGAAUGUGUACAUUAAAAUCAUAUUUAGCUUGAAGUGUUUUUAUAUCUCAACUCAUUAAAUAAAUCAACAAAGUAGCUGGACUGAUGUUUCGGUCUGAACAAAACCUGCUCUCUUUCGGUCUUAACCAAAGAGGUACAUGGCAGUGGUACAGAAACAAACAUGUAGGGACUCACAAGCAUAUAGCUGUGGAAGAAGAAGCACAAAAAAGUGAUUAAAUGGAAUUUUACAUUAAUUUUAAAAUAAACGACAGGGAAAUUUACUGACCAGGUACAAAAAAUAUUACAUAAAUAGUUGGACACAACCUGAUGGACAGUUGGGAGAUAUAUUUUUAUAUUUUUAUAAUUAUUUUUAUUUCUUCCAUUUUUUACUUGUACACUAGGAGGUCUGAUGUGAAGGUGUAAUGCAAAGAAGCUCGUUAUUUUCAGUUUCCACUUCUUUGAGGUGAAAUUGUUAUAUACGACUCAGAGGCUGUUUUCAAACGUGUGUCAUGUUAGUAGUGUAUGAUAUGCCAUGAUAUGCCCAGCCCUGGCAAAUCCUGACACUUAGUGUACAAAUUAAAAAUGGAAGUUUUACAGUGAAUCUGCAAAUAAUUAUAUAACUUUCAUUUAUUACAUGUGUAUAUUUUGAGGUUACUUGAAACAAGAUUUUACUUAUAAGUAUGAUAAAUAUGCUAAUUGUCUCAUACAAUCAUUGUGUCAAAAGUGAAAUUGCCAACCUUGCAGUUGCAGGCUAUAUACUGUGUAGUCUUGACUCAUUUGAUAUGGCUAAAUUGAAAUUGGUUUUUGAAGUUAUAGCUCUCUAGAGCUCGCUCUAUGGAAGAUCAGUGCUGAAAAGUAUCCAUUUUUAGAGUGGUUACAAAUUUUAGGUAAAAGAAAACGGCACGAUAUCAACCAUAUGCUUUCAAAUAUUUUUUUUUAAAUUAAAAUUGACGUGACUGUCCUCAGGGAUAUGCCUUUUGUCUUUACUAUUGUCUGUAUUGGGUUUUGUAAUCUCAGGGAUGUCUCUAAUUCUUUCACAAUUCUCAGGGAUAUGCCUUCGCAAUUCUCAGGGAUAUGCCUUCACAAUUCUCAGGGAUAUGCCUUCACAAUUCUCAGGGAUAUGCCUUUUGUCUUUUCUAUUUGUCGAUCUGUACAUGUAUUGGGUUUUUGUAUUUUCAGGGAUGUCUGUAAUUCUUUCACAAUUCUUUUUCAUACAAUAGCCCAUACAUCAAUCUUGUGAGGAAAAAGGAUGUUUAACCAUCGUUAGUAAUAUCAGUGCAUAAAUUAAAUGAAGUAGAUAAAUAAUCACUGUAUUUGCCACAUUUAGACAUCUCUGAUCUGUUUGAAAAUAAAUGACUAGCAAAUGAAAUGAAACUA